AUUUUCGUCAAAAACAACUUUAUAUCGAAAGCUGCUUUUGAGGUGACGGCUUGCACAUGCGCAGUUCGGCGCGAGAUGACCGUUGGACGUGUCUGCUCAUGAGUUUAGCUAUCCAACGUCGCCAUGACAUCGACUCAAAGCUAUAUCGGAUAUUUCUAUUAGAGAAGCAGUUUCUGCUUGUCUUCAUACUGUACUGUCUUAGAUUUUUACUGCGUUUUCAUUGGACAGAGCGGGGGGACACGAUGACAGCUGGGGCUGGUUGGCGGUAAACGGCGAGAAUGUUGGUCCCUGCGGGAUGAUGAUGAAAAAGAGACUGUGGCGAGUUGUGACAGUGUGCCUACUUGUGUUUUUACCGUGUUGGCACCCAAUUAAAUAUGUUGGCUGUGCAGAGCAGCCCCCAGAGGCUCAGAGCAUGCCUGCACCUGCUCAGGACAGCAGCAGAGAGGAAGACCCAGGCGACAAGUCCCAUCACAGGGGUGUUGUUCAGGUAGAGGAGGGCUGGGGGUCCCAGUAUGCCCAGUACCUAUCUGAAGAGGAGGUGCUGCCAGAGGGAGAGGAGGUGGAGACACAGCAGCAGGGCCUAGCAGGGGAGGAGGCGGAGACUCCAGGCACAGAGGUGGAGGACAAGGAGCAUGUCAAGUGCGGUGAUGAUGUUUCCCAGACGUUGGACCUGGAGGAUUCUGUAGCAGAGAAGGAGCAAGAGACAGCAUGGCCAGAGGCCCGGCUAGAGGCUGAGCAGCCACCUCCAGAGGCCGUUGUCACCCAAGAGCAGAAGCCAACCCCCGCCUCUGACCUCUCCCCUCCACCAUCUGCCCCUGCCCUCAACCCCAUCCCCGAAGACCCCUCCAGCACCCCUAGCUCAUCCUCUAGUGUACCAGAGGAAAUUGUGUCUGAUGUCCCUUUGUCAGAAUCCAGCGAUGCUGAUCUGGCCAUAGCCGACUGUGAAGCUGGAGAAACCAACCCCUUUGACGACACCUUCACCAGUCUUCCUGUUGUCCUGGAGAACACAUCCAAUGCCCUGGGAAAGGGCACCAAGACUGACAUAGACCCCCCUCUGGUCAAGGACUUGAGCUCACACAUCAUCACAGAGACAGAUCCCAGCGUGGCAACCAAGGAUCCGGAGGACAUCCCCACCUUUGACGAGUGGAAGAAGAAAAUGAUGGAGGUGGAGACCGAGAAGACUCAGGCCACUCAUACCUCCAGCAACGGCGGCUCCCACGCUGUAAAGAAGGUGCAGAAGAACUUCAACAACUAUGCAUCGGUGGAGUGUGGGGCAAAGAUCCUGGGUUCUAACCCAGAGGCUAAGAGCACUUCGGCCAUAUUAAUGGAGAGCAUGGAUCAUUACAUGUUAAAUCCCUGCAGCAACAAGAUCUGGUUCAUCAUUGAGCUGUGUGAUCCCAUCCAGGUGAAGCAGUUGGACAUCGCUAACUUUGAGCUCUUCUCUUCCACACCCAAAGACUUCCUGGUCUCCAUCAGUGACAGGUACCCAACCAACAAGUGGGUGAAGCGGGGAACUUUUCAUGCUCGGGACGAGCGCACUGUUCAGAGUUUCCCUCUGGAUGAGCAUCUGUAUACCAAAUAUGUCAAGAUGUUCACCAAGUACAUAAAGGUGGAGCUGGUCUCUCACCAUGGAUCUGAACACUUCUGCCCUCUCAGCCUCGUAAGGGUGUUUGGAACGAGUAUGGUGGAGGAGUACGAGGAGAUCGCUGACCCCCUGGACAGACCGGAAGACCAGGAUGGCGACCAGGAUGACCACCUCGAUUAUCCUCCUGGAUAUGUUCCUGUAGAGGACGAAGCUUCAAAUGACCUCAUAGGAUCAGCCAAGGAUGUCAUUCUGAAUAUGGUGAACAACAUUAAAGUCAACGUGCUGGGAGGAGGACCAGGGGAAGGGAACUUCUCAGGCCAGGCAGUGAACCUGACUGCCAGUAAAUCAUCUGACCCAGACACCACCUCCACCGUCAGCCCUGUGCCUGACACUGUAGGCGUGGAACAGUCUGAGGUGCAAGAACACCCUGUCACUACCACAGAGGAUCCCACACCAGAACCCCCUACUCCAGAACCCCCUGUCACAGAGGAACCCAAACUAGAGAAUCUAACUGGGGAGGAGCCGGUUGUGACUCCUAUAGAGGAGGAGGAGGUCCAGUCUAUAGUUACCAUGCUGGAGGAGGAAGAAGAAGAGGAAGGGAGGGACAGAGAGGUGCACCAUUGCCCUGGCCUCCGACAGCUAGAAAGCCUUGACUACUGUGGCCUGUCUUCCUCCUAUUCUUGCUCCUGCUCAGCCUCCUUCCAGGAGUACCUCCUCCACCAGUGUUCUGUUCAAAGGACCUGCACCAGCCAGGAGAGGGAGCCAGAGGCACCCCCAGUCUCAGGAACCAGCAUCACCCUGUCACAGCAGCUCACCAUCUCCCCCACGACCACUCAGACCCCACAGCAGCCCCACACUCGGGGAGAACAGCCUCAGGAGAGAGAAGCCAGCCCUGCCCUCGGGGAGAGGGGAGCAAGUCCCACUCAAGCCCCACCACACCUUCUAUGGGUUGAGACGGAGGCAGUGGGAGAGAGAGAGCCCAGCACUGAGCUGCCCCACCUGGAGCCCAGCCAGACCUCCACCCUGCCCAGACCCAGUUCCACCGACACCGACAGCUCUGCUACUAGGCCCACCCCUGCUGUUGAGCCUCCACACCAGGCCUCCUCGAAAGACCUGCCCGGGCAGAAGCAGCCCGCCACUGGGGCAGAGAAGAACCGGGAGGUGCAGCAGGAGGAGAACAGGCAGCCUUUUCCCACUGUCACCACCUCCAGCCCCAGUGGUCCACUAGAGCAGAGUUGGAGAGCCCCUGUAGAGAGGCCCUGUCUGGACGUCCAGCCUGCCAAACAAGACAUCCCAGUCAUCCACCCCCCACAUGUGGCCGAUCCCCAUCCCCUCCCCACUGUCUCCACACCCACAGAGCAGCAGCAGCCUCCCGCCCCCACAGCUGAACCAGAGAGUGCUGCUGGCAGUGGCAACACUACUCCUGGGGAGUCCCGCUCUGUCCCCGUCGUGGUUAUGACAGAACCCCCCUCGCAUGGCCAGGCUGUCGCAACAGAAACCAAGGGGGAAGCAGAGCUUGUGGAGGACAUCCUCUUCACCUCGUCGCCCAAUGGCAACGGGCAGCAGCUGCUUCACCCACCCUCCCCCUCUCCUUCCCCCUCAGACUUCUACACAGAGCUCCACAAACCCACGGAACAGGCGAACGGGAACCCGAUGCACGCCUCUGCCAGCCAGAAGGAGUCUGUGUUCAUGAGGCUCAACAACCGCAUCAAGGCCCUGGAGAUGAACAUGUCGCUGAGCGGACGUUACCUAGAGCAGCUCAGUCAGAGGUACCGAAGGCAGAUGGAAGAGAUGCAGAGGGCUUUCAACAAAACCAUCAUCAAACUGCAGAACACAUCCAGGAUAGCAGAGGAGCAGGACCAGAGACAGACGGAGUCCAUCCAGUCGUUGCAGGGCCAGCUGGAGGACGUCACACAGCUGGUUCUCAACCUGUCUGUCGGAGUCAGUCAGCUGCAGAGCCAGGUGUCUGAAAGGCAGAGUUACCUCCUGCUGUGCCUGGUGUUGUGUUUGUUCCUGGGGUUGCUGCUGUGUGUCCAGCACAGUCGCAUGUCUGCCGGUGAUCCUCCCUCCACAGACCCGGAGCGUCCUAUAUCCAAGAGCUAUAGCUACUGCUGCCCAGAGAGGCGUUUCUGGGAAUAUGAAGACAUGAGCUUGAAGAGAGGAAUGUCGUAUCCUCUCCUGCACUCGGGCUCCUUCCAGUUACCCACCACUGAAGGUCCAGAGUUACCACGCACUAUUGAACCACUGAGUUUUCUACCAGCUAAUAAAAAGAAGAAACGGAGUAAGAUGAAGACCGUGGAGACAUUGAAAUGCACUGCACUCUGCGCUCCUCUGCUUGCUGACGGAGCAUCCGUAUGUAACGGCGGCACCCCUGGUGGCACCACAGACCCUACACCCCGCAUGGGGCGUCUCAGCCACCACGCCUUCAUGGACCCCCCGUCCGGGGGCAGUUCAGAGAGCUCCUCCCAGUCGGACGAGCCCUCCUUAUGCGGCCUUGCCGCCAUCUCCUGCACUCGCCUCUGUGACGGCCUGCCCCCGCCCAGGAGCAGGGCAGAGAAGCGGGCGUUCAAGCGGCAUCGCUCCAAGCCUGGGUGCGUGGUGGUGGAGGAUCUCCUGCAGGCCCCGCAGAGAGAUGCAACACCCAUAACCCCCACCCUGCAGGGCCUCAUGGGUGGGGGGAAGGAGCUGUCUGCAGGGAUGCUGGGAGUGACGGCACUCUGAGGUCCUGUCGGACCUAGACUAAAGUCUCCUGUCUGCUCCUCCUGAAAACAGACUCUGAAACAGUCAGCCCCUGAAAGGAGGGACGUUGUUAUCCCUGUAUACACAGGAAGCUUUCGGCUAGGAAAUCAGACAAUCGCUCUUCGUCCACCUCCCAACCAGUAUGUUAUGUUCUGUCCAUGUUCUCUGUUGAACCUUUGUCGGGCUUUGAUGUUUCUUUCUUGCUUUGACCAAUGGAAAAAAUAUAUUUUCCAUCUGUCCUUCAAAAUGUCAUUUUGUUUUUGUAAAUACUAUCAACCCUACAGCUGCGCUAUGUAACAAUCAAACCUGCAAAUAAUAGCCAAUGUCAAUGAUGGGCUAAAGGAAUAUAUAUAUUUUUUUAGAAAAAUCUAAUUUAUUUGAAGUUUUGAAGAUGCUUUUACUGGGGAGUGGCCGGUCUAGACACAUCGUUCAUAGAAACAGUAGUGUACUGUAUCCAGAUCGAUUCUCAUUCUCUGAAGUUGAAACCUUUACAACUGUUAUGCUUUUACCAGCCCAGCUACCGCUUUUACAGUACACAGGGAUGCAAGACCGCCGACACUGAACAAAAAUAAACGCAACAUGCAACAAUA